UGUGUUUUAGUUAAUUAUUUGCUAUGUGUUGUGUCUUGUAGUUGCAGUCUUUGAAGUUAUCAUAAGGUUAACCAAUCACUCCAUUUAUUCAUCUGUACAAUUCAACUGUUGCUGUUUAAACGUUUUAAGGAUAAAUUUCUGAAUAGAGGAAGAAUCAAGAAUGAUAUAGUUUGUGAACACCUGAAUGCAUUUUUGAGCAUUACUUUUCUCAAUUCUAAUUAAAUAUUGAUUGAUCUUUCCAGAAAUUGUUACCUCUAAUGUUAGAUUGUAUAUAGAUGUUUCAAAUUGUUUGGAAAAACUUACCUAGCUUUACUGUGAAACAUUUCUGUAGUGGUAAUACUGCUGUGGCUUUUAGAUGUAGCAUGCCAAACUUGGUGAAACUGACAGAGGACUCUUUCUCAGAGUUGGUACAAUCAGCUGUCAGUGCCCUGCAAGAGGGCUCUUUGAUAGCUCUACCCACUGAUACGCUAUAUGGGCUUGCUGCCUUGGCUCAGAAAUCUGAAGCUAUUCAUGAAAUUUACAGAGUAAAGAAAAGAAACCCCCUGAAGCCAUUGGCUGUCUGUGUUGCUCAUGUUGCAGACAUUUAUCACUGGGCUAAAGUUACUGUGCCAGAAAAACUACUGUUGGAGUUGUUGCCUGGACCUGUCACGCUUGUGUUUCAGAGGACCUCCAUCUUGAAUGUAGAUCUGAAUCCUGAUACAGAUCUCAUUGGCAUCCGAAUUCCUGACAGCAAAUUUAUCAGAGAAAUUUCUAUUGCUUGUGGUGCUCCUCUUGCUCUCACUAGUGCUAAUAUCAGCAAUCAGAAAAGCCCCCUUGCUGUUGAAGAAUUCCAAGACAUUUGGAGCAAUGUUGCUGUUGUGUAUGAUGGUGGAAUCAUUGGCAAACAAAUAAACUUGGCUGCAAGUUCUAGCAUAGUUCAACUCGAGCAGGAAAUUGAUUUAUCUAGACCAAACAAAAGUGUCACUCAAGAUUCAAGUAAAAUAACUUCUUUUGAGACCUGUGUUCGAGAAGGCAGUACAGUUGUGAACUUGUCAAUUGAAGGCCAUUAUUCAGUGUUGCGGGACGGGAUUGCUCUAGAAAAUACAUUGAGUAUUCUGCAGAAGUUUGGUUUGAAGUCUCUUAAUUAA